AAUAAGACUUGAGCUAGGUCUUGUUCAUGUGUAGAGAGUGGGUAGGUAGGCAAUAUGCACGUCUUUAGAGAAAAGGGUGGAGACUUGGUGGGCUGCAUAAAUCGUAGACAGGCUAUAGCUGGAUCAUCAUAAGACUGCCACAAUUGGGAUGCUUUGGCUAUACCACUCUAGCCUUUGAAUCAGCAAUUAGAUAAUGGUGGACAGCAAUUGAAACUACUAUGCUUUUGUCGGGUACGUGCAGAUUAGGGAAGCGAUUCCCGAGACUUUUGGAGACGCCCCCUUAAUCUAGCCGUUCUAGAUUAUUUAUUAUCCCCCAAGCCACGCGCUCUCCAUGAAAUUGGAGUUCUAACCACCUUUCUACGCCAGUGGGUCGGCAUAAGGCAGGGUCAAUGUUCGGCAGAUGCGUUGACGAGGUUAACUACCUGCGGGGUAGCACCGGAUUCUGCGAUACUCCUGGCACGGCCAUCUACGAAUGUUGUAUAUAAGAAUUCAAAAGUUCUGCAGCCUCUAAGCCACUGAAGAUCAUAGUGAUACCUACUUAGUUGUCUUAGAUACUUACGCCAUGUCUUUCUCAGAGGAAGCCCAGUCGGACGUACCCCUGCUUUCGGAGAAGCACUCAGGCAUUCCUGGAUAUCUGCUAGAGAAAGCUCGGAAAGCAAAAGUCGGUGUCUUUGAAACAAGAACUAAGCCGAAGGCUUCGAGAAAUAGAUUGCCUGUUAUUCCGCAUGGCAUUGAUGAACAGGUGUUCUCUGAUGCGCUAGGCGAGCUUGGCAAGCAGUUGGGUGAAGAGAAUGUCGAACGCAACGAUAAGCCCCUAAGAGAUGGAUGGUAUAUGGAACAUCCAAAUACCCAUGACUUAAUGGCGGUCGUCGAUGACGAAGAGCUGGUCCCAUCGGCAAUCGUCUAUCCCGGCAGUACUGAAGAGGUUCAGCAGAUUGUCCUAUGGGCUAAUAAAUACAAGAUUCCUAUUAACCCUAUCUCAAUGGGUCGAAAUCUGGGAUACGGCGGUGCAGCACCUAGAGUUCGCGGAGCUGUUCUCGUCGACCUCGGUAGACGCAUGAACAAGGUCCUAGAAAUUAGCCCGGAAGACUACACCUGUCUUCUUGAGCCAGGCGUCUCAUUCUUCGCUCUGUAUGAGGCGAUCAAAGAGAAAGGAUACGAUCACCUUUGGGUCGAUGUCCCAGAUGUCGGUGGCGGCUCGGUAAUAGGGAACACGGUUGACCGAGGUGUUGGUUAUACGCCGUACGGCGACCAUUGGGCAUGCCAUGCCGGUUUGGAGGUCGUACUUCCAACGGGGGAGGUUAUCCGAACGGGAAUGGGGGCGUUGCCAGGGAACAAUACCUGGCAGACAUUUCCCUACGGUUUUGGCCCAUAUUCCGACGGAAUAUUCUCGCAAUCGAACUUUGGUAUCGUCACUAAGAUGGGUAUGACACUGAUGCCAAACCCAGGAGGAUAUGAGAGCUUUUGCUACACCUUUCAGAAGGAAGAGGACCUUCAUCAACUGAUCGAAAUCAUCCGGCCGCUCCGGAUCGGCAAUAUCCUCGAGAACGUCGCGCAACUGCGCCACGUCACACAGUCCAUCGCAGUGAGCGGCAGGCCGCGAACAGACUUCUACAAGGGCUCGGACACGAUCCCGAGCGAGGUGGUCCACGCCGUCGCCGCGACGGGGCCGAUGGGCGACUACACAUGGGCCUACUACGGCAUGUCGUACGGGCCGCCGCACAUCCGGCAGUACAAGCUCUCCAUCGUCGACGCCGAGUUCAAGAAGGUGGCGGGCGCGCGCCGCAUCGACCCUUCGACGCUCCCGGCGGACGAAUACUUCUGGGCGCGCGACCGCGUGGCCGCGGGCGUGCCCGAGCUCCAGGAGCUGCGCUGGGUCAACUGGAUGCCGAACGGCGCGCACAUCGCCUUCUCGCCCGUGAGCCCGAUCCGCGGCUCCGACGCGACGAGGCUGUACGACCUGGCCAAGAAGCGGCACGAGGAAUUCGGCGUCGAUCUGUUCCCCGCGUUCUGCGUCGGGCUGCGCGAGAUGCACCUCAUCGUCGAGCUGGUGUACGAUCGCGCGGAUCCCGAGCGCCGAAAAGCCGUGCUGGAUUGCUUGCGCCACCUGGUGGACGACGCGGCGGCGCUGGGGUACGGCGAGUACAGGACGCAUCUGGUGCUGAUGGAUCAGGUGGCCGGGACGUACAAUUGGAACGACGGCGCGCUGAUGAAGUUCCAUGAGAAGUUGAAGGACGCGCUGGAUCCUAACGGGAUCAUGGCGCCGGGACGGUGCGGCAUUUGGCCGAAGAAGUAUAGGAAUCGCGGGUGGGAGAUGACGAAGGAUAGUGGUGAGAACACUCAAGGCGAUGGUGUUGCACCGUCUUAGACACUGUUCGUGAGAAUAGACGCCAAGAAAUACUCCUAGCCCGUUUGAGAAUGACAGCUAUUCCUGUGUAUUGACUGUGGGUUCGUCGUCGAGAUAAGCACCCCAGUAUCCGAGCGUGCAUGAACACCUUAUGAUCCGUGACGCUCACAUGCCGACGCCAUGCGUACAAAAUUGGACCAUAUCCAAUCAUGAAUAUGGUUUUCGGCUCGCCGAUGGAUCCCCGCAAAGGCUUCGGCCAACAUCCUUUUACGGCAGUAGGUAGAUUUCCACCAACACACUUCUAUACGAAUUCGUUUCUUCUUAGCGUGGAAAAAUUGUCGUGACUUAAGCGGCUACUCGAGCGGGGGGUCGAUCACCGAUCGGGGCAAAGCGCCUGGUUGGAAGGUAA